AUGACAACCUAUGCACCUAUUCAACCUCGUCCAAUUUUAAGCAAGCCAUUAACAGCAAACAGUGUUCAAUCUUCAUCGAUUUUUCUUGUACCAUCAUCAACAUUAACAAAUACAAAUUUUUAUCAAACAAACACAGAUUUCAACGUCAACAAUGCCUCUCAAAUAUCUUCGUUGCCUUCGACAUCAUUAUCUCCUUAUGAAGAAUUUCUUAAACGACUCCGUGAAUUUCAUCGAGGUCGUCAAACACCACUUCGUUCUUUGCCAACAAUAGCUGGCCAAAUAGUUGAUUUACAUUUAUUAUAUAAUACAGUCGUUGGUCAUGGUGGUUGGGAUAAAGUCAACGAUCGACAUUUAUGGUCCACUGUUGCCAGUCAGUUUUCUAUUGAUGAGUCGUGUCUUAAUGGUACACAAGCUUUAAAAAAUAUUUAUAUUCGAUAUUUAUAUGCUUUUGAAAAAAUAAGUAAUGGAGAAAAUAUCGAUUCACGCGAUGAUGAAAAUGAAGAUUCAAAACGGCGUACAGUUUCUCAUUUACAACGUGUACCACAAUCGUAUAAUGUUACUCAACAUAUUGUUUCUGAUGCACUACGUAUUCAAAAUGGUCUUUUCAAUGAUUUUGUCCAUCGAAAUGAAUAUGAAAAAUUAGAAUUAGCAUUAUUAUGUGGUUUUCCAAAUGAAUUAACAUUUACAUUAAAUACUUUGUUACUUCUUUCAUCGUCAUCCAAUCAUACAAAAUCAUUUCAUUUAUACAAAUGUCCACGUGUAUUAGAUUUACUUUUUCGACAUAUUGGACUAUUUUUACCGUCGGAUACAUUGAUUCAGGAUCAUUAUUUAAAAACCUUAUAUGAAGAUCUUUGGUCAAAACAUUUAAAUUAUCAUAUGGGUUCAUUUUGGAUUGAGUCAUGUUCACCGAAAAUUCUUAAAUUACUCUUAAAUAUCGAUAUUGACAAUCAGAAAGCCAAUCCUUACCAAAAUUUUAAUUUUAAUUCAACAGAAAACCAACGUGAACAAGAAUUUCGUAUUGAACAAAUAUUAAUGAUAAUACGCAAUCUUUCAUUUGAUCGUUUAAAUGCGUUAUAUUUACUUGAUACAAUACAAUCAACCGUAUCAAUAACCUAUAUAUUUUUAUUAUUGAUUUCCUAUUGCGAUAGUAAAAUUGAAUUACAAAAAUAUGCUCAUGAUAUUUGGACAAAUCUAGCUAUAUAUAUGCAUUUACGUACAAUAAGUAGUGACGAAGGUUUAUUAUUUCGACAAUUAUUAAAUUCUAUGUUAAAUGGCGAUGAUGAUCAACAACAACAAGAAGAUCGAUUAAAAAUAAUUCGAGCAUUAGAAAUUAUUACUAAUUUAGCUCGAGCUGGAAAUGACAAUGGAAUUUAUUUAGUUGAUUAUAUUGAUACUAUUGUUAAAAGUCUUAUACAUAUACCUGAUAUACUAAUCUUAGUACAUUGUUUAGAAUGUUUAUAUCAAUUAUCAGAAUCAGGCGAACAAUUAUGUGAUGCAAUACUGAAAGUACAAUCAUCUACAUCAAUAAUCACAACAUUAAUUGAUUUAUUAACAAUCGAAGCACGAAGUUUUUCGUCGGACACAAUAAAAACUAUAAAACUGAUAGAAAUGUCUUCAGGUCCAGCAUUACUUCCAUCGUAUCAUCAACCACCAAUAGCACCACAAUCAAUUGUUGUUUUAUCUUCGAAUCAAGCACAACAACAAGCACAACAUCAUCAAAUAUAUCCAAUUGAAAAUUAUGAUAUGAAUAAAAAUAAUGCCCGAAUUCUUAUUCAACAAAAUUCAAAGCCAAUAACAUUAAGUGGUCUUCUUUCAUCAGGGAAUCUUUUAUCCGUUGCCGCGACAACAUCAACACAAAAUCCAUCAGUUAUUAUGCCAAAAAAUACAAAUAUUCACAUAAAUGAUAAAAAACGAAAAUAUGAUUGUAUUACAGAAUCAAUGACGACUUCUAUUAAUGACAUUUUAUCUUCAUCAAAAAUUUCUCGUCCAGCUUCGAUUCUAUCAAAACCUCCUACGAAUGAAGUCUCGAGCUGUGAUGAAGUCAAUCAUACAGCUAAUAGUAUUCAAUUGACAAUGACUGAUAUACUCGAUCAUUGUUCAUCUCUAUCGUAUGAUAGUGACAUUGUUUUAUGUUUAAAUGAUUUAUGUCAACGUGUUGUGUCCAUGGUUGACCCGUUGGCAUCAGAUGUUAGCAAUCCAAUGUUAUCACCGAGAUUCAAACGUAAAAUAGAAACAUCGAUAACCAAAGAAAUCAGUCAUAUUGAUGAACAAUUACAAAUCAAAAGUUCUGAUCAAAUAACAAAACAAAAAUCGUCGAUAGAUAAUUUAUCAUGUGGAAUUAUUGUCACAGAGAAAAAAGGAGAACCAAUAGAAAAAGAAUUAUCUGAUGGUAAAUUACAGAUUUCAACAUCGAAUGUUAUAACAACAACAGGAACAUCUGAUUAUUUUUGUGAUUGGGAUAAUUGUAGAGCAUCUUUUGCUACGGCACGAGCAGUUUUUCAUCAUACUUGUUCAGUUCAUGUUAAACAUUCAUCUGAUUAUGUAUGUUUAUGGAAUGGGUGUGAUCGAUUAAAACGACAAAAAUGGGCCUUGAUCAAUCAUAUUCAAGAACGUCAUUGUUCAGAAGUUGCAUUUCGACAAGCAAAACUUAAAUUGACAAAUCCUGCACUCUCCACAACUGUUAAUACAAGUACAACAUCAUCAACUAUAAUCAAUAAUAGUAAUCGUAUAUUGACAUCUGGAUCAGUUGGAUAUACAUCUGAUGCUGCUUGGUUUGCCAUUCGACGCUAUAUGCAAGCAAAUUCAUUUGAUGACCAAUUAAACAAAAAUAAGGAAGGUCCAUUAACAAAAAGUAUUCGUUUAACAGCUGCACUUAUUUUACGUAAUAUUGCUCGGCAUUCGUCGAUUGGAAAACAAAAUCUUCGUCAAUAUGAACAAAUUCUUGCUAAUUUAGCUCUUGAAUCGUCUGAAGCAUCGCAUACACUUAGUUCAUGUCUAUUUGAACUUUGCAAUUAA